AAGCAGCGGCUUGUGGUUCCGGAGGCGGCCUGCGGUGUAAGUGGAGCGGAGAGAGGGAAGCAGUGUGGAAGCCCCACCGGCCAGCCCACUCACUCACCACUACCAUGAAACCUACAGCGCCUCUGCAGCUCUCUCACUCCAUACGGCACAUCCUCCUCUUCCUGCUGGCAAUGUGGUUUAAUACAUCAGCUCAUAGCGAAAUAGUAAAUCUUGAUAGUGGAAAUAUUGAUGAAAUCUUAGGCAAUGCAGAUGUUGCACUAGUCAAUUUUUAUGCAGAUUGGUGUAGAUUCAGUCAAAUGUUACACCCCAUCUUUGAAGAGGCUUCCUCGGUUGUGAAAGAAGAAUUUCCAGACUCUAAGCAUGUAGUCUUUGCCAGGGUUGAUUGUGACCAACAUGCGGAUAUAGCACAAAGGUACCGAAUUAGUAAAUAUCCAACAUUGAAAUUAUUCAGAAAUGGGAUGAUGAUGAAGAGAGAGUACAGAGGUCAAAGAUCAGUGAGUGCACUUGCAGACUUCAUCAAGCAGCAGAAAAAUGAUCCUGUUCAAGAGAUUCUGAAUCUGAGUGAAUUGGAAACAAUUGAUCGCAGCAAGCGAAACAUCAUUGGAUUUUUUGAACAGAGGGAUUCUGACAAUUACAGGGUCUUUGAAAAAGUGUCCAAUAUCUUACGGGAUGAUUGCGUCUUUCUGGCUGCAUUUGGGAGUGUUGCUAAACCAGAGAGAUAUAGUGGUGACAACGUAAUUUACAAACCACUUGGGGAAAAUAGUCCUGACAUGGUGUAUUUGGGUUCAUUAACAAACUUUGACCUCACAUUUGCCUGGACCCAAGAUAAGUGCGUUCCACUGGUUAGAGAAAUUACUUUUGAAAAUGGUGAGGAGUUAACUGAAGAGGGCCUGCCAUUUCUUAUACUAUUCCACUUGAAAGAAGACACUGCAAGCUUAGAAAAAUUUCAGCAUGAAACUGCACGACAGUUGAUCAGUGAAAAAGGUACUAUAAACUUCCUGCACGCUGACUGUGACAAGUUCCGUCAUCCUCUUCUGCAUAUACACAAGACACCAGCAGAUUGCCCAGUUAUUGCUAUUGACAGCUUUCGGCAUAUGUAUCUCUUCCCAAACUUUAAAGACUUGGAUACUCCAGGUGCACUGAAACAAUUUGUAUUAGAUCUACACUCUGGCAAAUUACAUAGGGAGUUCCACCAUGGCCCAGAUCCCACUGAUGAUGCUCCUGGCCAGCCGAGUGAAGCCGCAAGCAGCCCCCCAGAAAGUUCAUUCCAGAAAUUAGCUCCAAGUGAACACAGGUACACCAUCCUCAAGAGAGAGAAAGAUGAAUUAUAGAUCUAUGAAGGAACUGUACAAGACCAGAAAUCAAAGAGCUUUGCCUGAUGAGGUGCAGAAAUACUAAGCCUAUAUUUUCAUAAGUCUGUGUGUACAGUUUUUAUUUUGGAUAAAACAAAAAAAAUUGUUUGACAAAUUGUUUUUUUUUUUAUUUUUCUUUGCUUCCCUGGCUUGUGAAUAUGUUGUUGUACUGUGGUCAUUCAGUGUAGUGGAUUUUAAUAAAACUGUUAAAUGUA